GCUAAAAUAAGAUGGCGAAAAGAUAAAGAACUGGAUCCGAUUUAACCGACCUAUUACCAUCUGAGUUCGUGGCGUUGGGGUGCUGUUUUCGGCCGUCGGUGUCGCCGUUCGCGACGGAUCAAGCUCCAUGGGUACUUGAUCCAUUUCUUCCAUUCUCUGAGAGCAUGGUCCCCUUUUCUGGGUUUCGGUCAUGUUUCUCCAUUUCUUUUCUGGAUCCGGGCUCUGCCGCCUUCCAUUUUGAUCUCUUGUGUGCCCGCUUGAACAUUCUCUGCGAUUUGCCUGUUUGCUUGCUCUUGCCUUUAAUUCUUUCGUCUUGUGUUGGAAGGGAAAUUGGUAUGCUGUGCAAACAUGUCAUGGAAAAUCAUGGUUCGUGAACUUAAGGAAAUGAGAGAUGGAAUGAGCAACAUGUCAAAACGAGGUGCCGAGUAUAAGCAAUGGCAUAGUAGAAAAGCAAAAUCACAUAUUGCUCCAGAUGUCACCCUACCUCCAGUUGAUCCUAUUCAACAAGGACAGUGGGCAAAUCUACCUCCAGAACUGCUUUUGGACAUUAUUCGGAGGGUGGAAGAAAGUGAGACAACAUGGCCUGCACGGGCUGUCGUUGUCUCCUGUGCUUCAGUAUGUAAAUCAUGGAGAGCCAUUACAAAGGAAAUCGUCAAGACUCCUGAGCAAUGUGGGAGGCUCACAUUUCCUGUCUCAGUGAAGCAGCCUGGUCCCCGUGAUGCAUCAAUACAGUGCUUUAUCAGGAGGAACAGAGAAACUUCUACAUACUACUUGUAUUUUGGUCUUGUGCCAACGGAAAAUGAGAGGGCCAAGUUGUUACUAGCUGCAAAAAGGAUAAGAAAACCAACAGCUACAGAGUUUGUUAUAUCCUUUAUUGCAGAUGAUUUUUCUCGGGCCAGCAGCACAUAUCUUGGUAAAUUAAGGUCCAAUUUUUUGGGAACCAAGUUUGCCAUACGUGAUAGCCAACCUUCAGAGAAAGCUAGCAUUGAAGUGAAUAAUCAUUCUAGUAGUAAAUUCCCCUCAAAGCAGGCAUCUCCCGGAGUAGCAGCACGUAAAUAUAAUGCUGGCACCAUCAAUUAUGAACUCAAUGUUCUUCGCACAAGAGGUCCAAGAAGAAUGCACUGCAUUUUGAACUCCAUACCCAUGUCGGCUAUUCAGGAAGGAGGCAAUGCCCCAACGCCAACAACUCUUCCACAAUUUUCUUUCUCACCAGCACUGAAAGGAAAAGAUUCAAAUACAGAGUUAAGCUCUGCAAACUUAUUAGAUCCACUGGCAUCGAGUCAAGGCUCGGCUGACCCUCUUGUUCUUAAAAACAAGGCUCCUAGAUGGCAUGAGCAACUCCAGUGCUGGUGCCUAAAUUUCAAGGGCCGUGUCACAGUAGCUUCUGUGAAGAAUUUCCAGCUUUGUGCAGCUGUUGAUCCGUCUCAUGAUGUUCCUGCUGCAGAACAAGAGAAAGUGAUAUUGCAGUUUGGGAAGAUUGGUAAAGACAUAUUCACUAUGGACUACCGAUAUCCUCUCUCAGCUUUUCAAGCCUUUGCCAUAUGCUUGAGCAGUUUCGAUACUAAACCGGCUUGCGAAUGAUACCAAGUUGCUGGAGAUUGUGAUAUUAUGCUUAUCACAGUUCAUCCAUCAUGGAAACAUGCAGCUGACGAUCUUAUAUGUGCAGUCAUUAGUGUUUUUCCCUUUCAUUAGCUGUUGAUUGUGAAUUUAACCUGUAUCAACUGUUUAAUAGUUCUUCCACUGCUAAGAUCAAUGAAUUUUGGCGAAUCUUGCAUUAUAUUGUACGAAGAUGUUCCUAGUA